AGCACAUCAGUCUCAUCACGCCCCGCCUCGCUUCCUCUCGUCGCCCCCGCAAUUUCGCGGUCUCCUCCUCCUCCUCCUCCCCUCGUCUCCACCUCCCAAUCCGGCGAUUCCCCAAUCCUCCACCACCUCCUCACCCACCCCCCCGACGACCACCUCCCCCACCUCGCCCAACCACGCGGCAGAAGCAAGUCAAGCCAAGCCGUACGGCACCCCACCCCCACCCCGCGCAAUGCCGGGCCUCGCCGCCGACCAGGACACCGUCUCGCUGGUGCGCCGCGUCUCCCGCGCCCUCAACCGCCGCCUCACCGACCUCGUCGGCCUCCUCUUCCACCACAAGAGCGCCGGAUCCCUCGGGGCCGUCGCCGGGUUCGCCAUCGCUGUCGUGUUCGCGUGGAAGUUCCUGCGGUCGUCGCCGGCCAGGCCGCGCCGCCCCCCCGGACCGAAGCGGCCGCUCGUCGGCCCUGCUGCCCCCGAUUCCGCCGCUCGCGAUGCGGCCGAGCCUGCCAAUCCUGGGAAGCUGACGACACGGCAAAUCGUGGUGAAGCGACUGGGCGGGUGUAGAAAGGUGACUUGCCAACUGCUUGGUGUUGUCUUUGAGGAGAUAACUCCUCAGGAGCUUCAGACACAUGCCACUGUUAGACCUUCAGUGGUGGAACUACUACUCGAAAUAGCCAAAUACUGUGAUUUGUAUCUGAUGGAAACUGUACUUGAUGAUAAGAGUGAGGAGAAUGCUCUAUUGGCCCUGGAGAGUGCUGGACUUUUCAAGACUGGUGGCUUGAUGAAAGAAAAGGUACUCUUCUGCAGCUCUGAAGUUGGGCGAACUUCAUUUGUUCGACAGUUAGAGGCAGAUUUUCACAUUGACACAAGCCUCGAUAUAAUUUCCCAACUAUCUCGGUUCAUUCGGUGCCAACUCUUUGUUUCCUCAAUAGAAGGAGGACAACUUGCGGGUAAUGUAUUUAACUCUCCAAGCCUUGAGCAGUUCUUCUCAUGAAACCAGAGCAUAAUGGGGGUUCGUAUCUAAACGUGGCGACUACAGCAGCACGUGUUUCAAGCUUUGAAGGUGUCAUGUGAUUCUGUGACACCAAUCUAGUAGUAGAAUCCUCAGGUACAUAAUGGAGGCAUAUGCGGUUGGCACAUAUGUUGUGUGCUAUGUUGUGCCUGUUGUUCCCAUCUUUCUCAUAGCUGUAUCUUAGCCUCAUAGAUAGCGAGAACUAUAAGUUGGAUGAGUGCAGUUCAUGGCCAUCUAAUGGUGUUGUAAAAUGUAAAUUGAAUGCCACAAGUCUUUUUUUUUUUGGGUUUAUUAGUUUCUGUAGCUUUCAUUCCAUGACGAGCGAACUAGUACCUCUAUCGCAAUAGAAGCAACUGUAGCUGAUGAUUCCGGUAAUCCGGUUUACUUUCGACUGAAUGCUGGAUGGAAAUUGCUCCUCAAGCUGAGGAAAUUAA